ACUGAAUACUCAUUUUUGAAUAACUGAAUGCUUAUUUUUGUAUAACAUAGUAAUACACAAUUUUAAUCAUAAUUAAAUUUAAAAAAGAAAAUGAAUAUUGAGUUAUUUAAAAAUUGGUUUUCAUUGAUUCUCCCAAUCUGGUCCUUUGACUAUCUCAUAAUGUUCUGUUCUGAUUUUCUCCCACGAUCAGUUUUCCGUUCUCUCAAUAAAUCACAGUACAAAAAAUGGGUUGGUUAUGGCAGUUUCUAUACCUGGGCUUGUUCAUCCAUUUCCAGGCGCCCCGGUGCACAUCAUCGUCGUCAUCUUCUUCUUCUACUUCGUCAAUCUCCGAUCUCUUCGACGACUGGUGCCGGCAACACGGCGGUAAAACAUACUCCUCCGAUCAAGAGAGGCGGCGCCGGCUGAAGGUGUUCGAGGACAACUACGCCUAUGUCUCGCGGCACAAUGGCGCCGGUAAUUCCAGCUACACCCUCGCCCUCAACGCCUUCGCAGAUCUCACUCACCACGAGUUCAAAGCCGCUUACUUGGGUCUCUCGGCCUCCCGGAACGAUGGGCUGAUCAGAUUGAACCGUGGUGGGCCGGUCUUGGAUUCCUGGCCCAGUCCCGGAGACUAUCCUGUUCCAGCUUCGUUGGAUUGGAGGGAUAAAGGAGCUGUUACUCAGGUUAAAGAUCAAGGCAGUUGUGGUCUUUUUGGAAACAACCUGAUACGGACGGAGUUACGGAUAUGACGGAGGCUAGAGUCCCAGACAUAACGUCAGAGGUUCGGGCCGGUCGUACCGAAGAGCAGGAGGAGGCCCGUGAGCGAAGAAGUGAUCGACACAAGAAACGUCCGGCUUGGCAUAAGGAUUAUGUUAUUAAUAAGUGACAUUAUUUUAU